AUGUCUGCUCAGGCUUCGUCCACUCGCUCCCUGCAGCAGUCGCAGUCAUCCGGUCAUGCUCAGGACGCAUCAAGACCGUUUCUAGCAACUGGGCUUGAGGAGCCUGGACCCAGAGUGAAUAUUUCAACUCCACCAAAAUCAUCGUAUGGUAUCACCACUAUUAGUGACCCACUUGAAGCACUUGCGGACAUCGUCUUCGUCCACGGAAUGAUGGGCUCCUCGCACCGGACCUGGUACCACGAGAAGGGCAAGACCUACUGGCCAAAAGACCUACUGAGCGUGGACCUCCCUCAGGCACGCAUCAUGGCUUUCGGAUACGACGUCAACGUGUGGCAUCCCUGGAACCAGGUCUCUCAGGAAUGGAUUACCGGGUACGCGACCGAUCUUCUAGGCAGUCUGUCCGAUCGCAGAGCCACCCUUGCCUUGCGAACCCGUCCCCUGGUCUUCAUCGCUCACAGCCUAGGAGGCUUAGUCGUUCAAAAAGCCUUGACCAUGGCCCGCGAGAGCCGCAACUCCGACUGGCACCUCCGCUGCCUCGAGACCUAUACCAUCGGGUUAUUAUUCCUCGGGACCCCACAUCGGGGAGCUUCACUCGCUACAUGGGGUGAACGUCUGGCUCGGGUGUUGAACAUUGUCAAACCUGUCAACAGCCAGAUCCUGGGGCUUCUAGAACCGCGCUCGAGGGAGCUACUGGAGAUGCGACGGUCCUUCCACAACUUACUAGAGAGACGCAAAGAAGAAGGGGCCCGCGUCCGGAUUGUAUGCUUCUAUGAAACGAUCCCGACGUUCAAGUCGUGCGUGGUCUCUGAGGAAUCGGCCACCAUCGACGGUGAGGCCAACUUUCCCAUCUCCGCUAACCAUAUGGACAUGGCAAAGUUCACCGGUGCCGAGGACAGCGGAUAUCGGGGCAUCCUUCGGGAAUUACGGCAGAUCGUCCUCCGUGAGAGAGACCUGGGAUACCUCUGCCCGACCUGUGAGAGACGCUGGCGGGCUGAUCUCACCCCUGGUGCGCUAUACUUUUGUCCGUUCUGUGGGCAGCAUCGCUCAGAUUGGGACUUGUAG